GACGAGCCUUCGAGUGCCGCACUGGACCUGAGCGACUUCGAGUUCGAGCGCCGGAAGAUCGACCUCGCGGCCCUCCGCGAGGAGAUCUUCCUCGAGGCCCUCCGCUACCACCCCGAGGUGGAGCGACGCUACAAGCAGGAGCAGCUGCAGAUGGGCACGGCCUACAACAUCCAAGCAUACCGAUUGCUGGCACCGGGGGAGUCGCAGUACGACGAGGACGAGGCCACCUGCUUCAUUGCAAGCGGCGCAGAGACGGUCGGGCUCUCCUCGCUCGUGGGCCUGGACUCGCCCUCCUUGUCGCUGCGCGGCAGCUUCGAGGGCGCCCCGCGGGGCGCCGGCUUCGACGCCGCGCAGGGCUCCCGGCUGCCCGGGCCCUCCGACUACGAGGUGGAGCAGGCGGAGCUGGGCCUCAGCAAGAAUAUUGCGCAGCCUCGAGUGCUGCUCUGCAAGGCCGCGCGUCCGGCGGCCGAGGUGGCUCCCGGUCCCGUCCCCUACAACGUGAGCUGCUCUUCGGGCCAGGCCCAGGCGCGGCCGUUGCCGCGAUCCCCGCAGGCCAUCAUCGGCAAGCCGCCACCCUUCCUAGGACAAAGUGCCAAGCUUGCGGAAGCCGUGGCCAACAGGGGCUUCUGCUUUCACAGCGCGGAGGGCGACCUGCCGCUGAGGCCGCGAUCUCCGCGGGUGGUCUUCCGCACGGCGGGCCGGCAAAGCACCGACCCUCCGUCUCGGCAGGCUCCUUCGCCCCCGCCACUAAGGAUCGGCCACACCCCGGGCAUUGGCCAGAGGCGGGUUAGCUUCACGCAGGCUCCUCGAAACACCUUCCAGUUCAUCGGGAGAUCCGACGCAACGUAUGGGGGCCCCAGCAGGGGCUCCGAGCUCUAUCGGGAGAGUCAUCGGGAGAUCCGAGGAGGGGUCAUGGGGACGGCGAAGCGCUUCAGAUCCACGAGCCCAGGACUCCUGGACCGAAGCCCUGGGCCGCAGAACUACUCGCCCGGCCCGGCCCUGCGGAGAAACAGACAGCGGAUCGAGUCACUGUCGGCGCGAGAGGCACGAGAGGCUCAAGCGGCGGCGCGGCUGGGAUGGUCCCUGGCGCCGGGACUUCUCUCCUUCUUCGCGGGCUCCCCGGCCUUCGCAGAUGAUCCGCAGUCGCCGGAGGACAUGCUGGCACAGCUGAUCAAGAAGGCAACGGGCCAGGACGGUGAGAGCACAGCGGAGUCUACGCCUUCCCUCUUCUUGCUGGGCUUUGGGGCCUUGCUGCUCUACGGGGUCUUCGCGGUCUUCAAGUUCCUGCUGGCGGCCGUGGGUGGCCUCUUCGUCGUCCGAGAGAUCGACCAGCAGUUUGGCAAGGAGGGCCGCAAGACCUCCAAGUUCGUGGAGAAAGCGCUGCGGCGCAUCGCUGGCGAACCUGCCGAUCUGCUGGAGGAGAGACGGCUGAAGGUGGUCCGGCUCAACGACGAGGUCGUCAGCUUCCGCGCGGCGCUGGCAGAGCAGACCUCAGGACCCUCAGCCGGAGCCGCUCUGCGAGAGCAAACACGGCGCCGACGCUUCGCAGAGACCUGGCAACAUGCGCUGGAUGACGUGCCCAUCUCACAAGCAGAACGGCAGAAGGUCGAACAAGCCGUGGAGAAGUACAUGACCGCGGAGACGGAGCGCCAGGAGGAGUUUCGUGAAGCUCGGGGCCAGUGGCUGGCUUCCCUCUUCGAGAGCUCUUUCUUUGGUGGCAUGUCCAGCCGGUUUCAAGUGACCUCGAGCUUGGACAAGCAAGUCCGGCUUCAAGAGGAGCUCAUCUCUGACAUCAAGAAGGCUGUGCCCGACACGAAGUUCGAGAACUUGAAGAAGGUUCUGUCUGAGAACGUGGACCUCACCUGGCUCAUCGACCAGGCGCGAUCGGCGGGAUCGGGAUCGAAAGAGACACAUCCUUUGGUCUACGUGCUCUCCUUCGACGGGGAUCCCACGGCCGCCGGCGUGGAGCUGUUGGCCAAGGAGGUCACAGCGGUCCUGGAAAGCACCGACCCCGUGAAGGAGGUGGUGCUGAAGCUGAAGUCGCCUGGAGGUACGGUCACGGGCUACGGCCUCGCGGCGGCACAGCUCCUGCGCUUUCGGCAGCGGGGCGUGCGGCUGGUGUGCUGCGUGGAUGAGCUGGCAGCCAGCGGCGGCUACAUGAUGGCCUGCUGCGCUGAUCGGAUUCUGUGCUCGCCCUUUGCGGCCGUGGGCAGCAUCGGCGUGAUUGCAGGGGUGCCGAAUGCGGUGGAGCGCUUGGACCGGGAAGGGCUCAAAGUGAUCCAGACCACCGCCGGCAAGUGGAAGAGGACGAUCGACCCUUUCCAGGCACCCACAGAGGAGGCGCUGGCCAAAGCCGAGGAGGAUGUGAACCGCAUCUAUCGGCAGUUCUCCAGCUUCGUGAAAGGCAACCGCCCGAAUCUCAACAUUGAGGAAGUGGCCACGGGCGAAGUGUGGUUUGGGGCCGAUGCGCUGGAGAAGGGCUUGGUGGACGAGCUCCAGACCAGCUCGGAGUACUUGCUUGGGCACAUGAAGGAAGGCCACGAGGUGCUGAGCCUGAGCUACAACAUGCAGAGUAAGGGCCUGGGGAGUCUGGUAGGGACGGUAGGCUCCUUGGCAAAUGCAUCGGAGCUUGCGGAAGCCUUGCGGCAAUCCGGAGAUCCGGCCAAACUCGCCGAGUCAGAGGCGCUCAAGGUCGCUUCGAAGCUCCUUCAAAGUGACUCGACUUGGCCGCCUUCUCUUCCAGAGCCGCGUGUCCAAGCCCGGGGACCCUUGGGAUCUUUGGGAGACCGUGGUUUCUAA